CUGCAGUAGCACCCAGCACCCAGCAAGAGCAGGCAGGUAGCGCUACACCUCAGCAUUCCGCAUCGGUUCAACGUCAAUUGCAGCUACAACCACCACCAUCACCACCAAACGAACUCCCCAUCUACGACGACGACGCCCACCACGGCCGACCCUACGAUUCAUCACGAAGUAAUCACGGCCGAAAUCACAACCUUGAGAAUCUCUCAAAUCAUACCAGAACCCAGCGGUCACUCGCUUUAAGAGCCCGAAAUGAGCUCUCCCUUCUCCAUCAAUGGCGGUGCCUGCGUCGCAAUGGUCGGCAAGGACUGUGUCGCAAUAGCCUGCGAUCUCCGUCUCGGCCUCCAAGCCCUCACCGUCUCCAACAACUUCCCCAAAAUCUUCCAGUACGGCGACGUCUUCCUCGGUCUCACCGGCCUCGCCACCGAUGUCACGACCGUCGGUGACCUCUUCCGCUACAAGGUCAACAUGUACCGCCUCCGCGAGGAGCGCAACAUUGCUCCGACCACCUUCGCCAACCUCGUCAGCUCCUCCCUCUACGAGCGCCGCUUCGGCCCGUACUUCGUCUCCCCCGUCGUCGCCGGCCUUGACCCCAAGACGGGCAAGCCCUUCAUCUGCGGCUUCGACAGCAUCGGCUGCAUCGACUUCGCCAAGGACUUCAUCGUCUCUGGUACGGCGUCUGAACAGCUGUUCGGCAUGUGCGAGAGCUUAUGGGAGCCGGAUCUGGGCCCUGAUGAGCUCUUCGAAACCAUCUCCCAGUCGCUUCUGAACGCCGUUGACCGAGAUGCACUAUCUGGAUGGGGAGCGCACGUGUACAUUAUUGAGAAGGACAAGGUCACCAAGAGACUGCUCAAGGGCAGACAAGACUAAUUCUUGCGGAGGAAUUCGGUGUUGAGGAAGAGAAAACUUGAUAGAACCGCUACAAGUGGACGGGUUCUACCUAGCUUGUACCAAUAGAUGGACGCGAUCCACUAUGAGAUGGCUGCCGAAGCCUGCAUGAA